ACGACCAGUUUAAAAAUCCCCUGCCCUUUUCUACAACCACCAACAAUGCGCAAAUAUGUCUAUUUCCUGCAAAUGCCUGCUUCCUAAUUGCUUUAAGGCCGUCCCGGACCUCGAGUCUCCGAUCAGAGAUUCCGGCCACCAGAGGCUGGCGAUUGCCGACCUGAUCAGUGACCCCGGCUCGCCGUUGAGUGCCGCGGAUUUGUCCUCGAACUCUGUCAUCGGCUCAAACCUUCAUGUCUUUUCUCUGGCGGAGCUCAGGACGAUCACCGGCGACUUCUCGCCGGCUAAUAUCCUUGGAGAAGGUGGGUUCGGCCCAGUGUACAAAGGUUUCGUGACGGACGACUGCAGGCCCGGUCUCGUGGCCCAGCCGGUUGCGGUUAAGGCUUUGGAUUUAGAGGGGUUUCAGGGUCACAGAGAAUGGCUGGCUGAAGUGGUCAUUCUGAGCCAAUUGAAACAUCCCCAUUUAGUUAAAUUGAUCGGGUAUUGCUGGGAAGAUGAGCACAGGCUUUUGGUUUAUGAGUACCUGCCCAGAAGAAGCCUGGAGACCCAAUUAUUUCGAAAGUAUUCCACUUGCUUGCCAUGGCUGACUCGAAUAAAAAUCGCAGUCGGGGCUGCAAAGGGCUUGGCUUUUCUCCACGGGGAAGAAGAACCCAUUAUCUAUCGCGACUUCAAGGCUGCAAACAUUUUACUCGACUCUGAUUACGUUGCAAAGCUUUCUGAUUUCGGGCUAGCAAAGGAUGGUUCGGGAAGAGAUGAAGGACUUGUCGCAACUCGUAUCAUGGGCACCAAAGGUUAUGCAGCCCCGGAGUAUGUUAAAUCAGGCCAAUUGACAACUAAGAGCGAUGUAUACAGCUUCGGGGUGGUUCUAUUAGAACUCAUUACAGGAUGUCGUAGCGCAGACAAAUGGAGUCUUAGUAACAAGCAGGACUUGGUGAGUUGGGCUAAGCCUAUGCUGAAGGACUCACGCAAGCUCGACAGGGUCAUGGACCCGAGGCUCGAAUUUGAGUACUCAUUCCGUGGUGCCAAGAUGGUGGCUGCAUUGGCUCACCGGUGUCUGAGCCACUGCCCGAAGUCCAGACCGACAAUGAACCAUGUGGUUAAGACAUUAGAGGCGGUCUUGGACUUGAAGAUAAUACCACCAAUUGCUCCUUUUGUUUACAUCGUCCCUUCUGAUCAUAUAGAAGGACCAAAUAGUACAGAAAAAAUGCAUGGAGAUAAAAGAAAGAAAGAAAAUCAGGAGAAUGGCUGUUCCUUUGGGAUUGAGGGUUCUUUUACUUAUUCUGAUACUAGUUUAUACGUAGCUUUUAGGAAAGAGCUAAAAUGUGGAGCUAAUAAGCACAAGGAGCAAAGGAGAGUAAAUCCCAAUAUUUGAUGAUGAGUCGAUAAUCCACCCUCAAUUGGUGGUAAAUAGUAUAUGUACGUAAUUUGUAAAAUGUAAUUAUUCAUUAUAGUUUAAAUAUAAUUCAAUACACCCAAUAAGAGUAAUAUAUAUACUUCAAUUCUAAAUAUCACUUGCCUGACAUCAAGAAUCAUUUUUUUUCUUGAACCUUUGUUACUUCAUCCGUCUCUCUGUUUGGCAUUGAUAACAUUCAUGUCAG